GGAGUGGGAUAUGAAGUUAUGGUGGCCUCACACCGAGGGCUUGGUCGCUUUGCUCCUGGCCUACCAGAAGAGACGGGACCCCCAGUUGCUGGCGUCCUUCAGGCAGCUCUUCGACUACAGCUUCUCGCACUUCUCUGACCCGGAGUGCGGCGAGUGGUUUGGAUAUCUCAACCGACAUGGAACAGUGACGCACCACUUCAAGGGGGGACCUUACAAAGGCUGUUUCCACCUGCCUCGCUGCCUGAUGCUGUGUGAACUGAUGUUGGAUACCAUCAUGGAGGAGGCGUGCAACACCGACACUCCCUGAGGGGGCCGACGGAUCGCCGCCCCCCCCCCCCGGGAUUCCCAGCGGGAACGUGGGCCGGGAUAGCGCGCUCCGUCCCUGUCCCAAUCUCCACUUCCAUUCCCUGGCGAUUCCCCAUCAUCCCCUCCAGCACUGCACACUGUAGAGGGAGCUUUACCCUGCGCCCAACCCCGUGCUGUCCCUGGGAGUGUUUCAUGGGAGGCAGUGUAGAGGGAGCUUUACCCUGCAUCUAACCCCCUGUCCCUGGGAGUGGGGGACGGCGAAGAGGGAGCUUUACCCUGUAUCUAACCCCCUGUCAGUGGGAGUGGGGGACAGUGUAGAGGGAGCUUUACUCGGUAUCUAACCCCCUGUCCCUGGGAGUGGGGGACAGUGUAGAGGGAGCUUUACUCUGUAUCUAACCCCCUGUCAGUGGGAGUGGGGGACAGUGUAGAGGGAGCUUUACUCUGUAUCUAACCCCCUGUCCCUGGGAGUGGGGGAAGGUGUAGAGGGAGCUUUACUCUGUAUCUAACCCCCUGUCCCUGGGAGUGGGGGACAGUGUAGAGGGAGCUUUACUCGGUAUCUAACCCCCUGUCCCUCGGAGUGGGGGGACAGUGUAGAGGGAGCUUUACUCUGUAUCUAACCCCCUGUCCCUGGGAGUGUUACAUGUAGACGGAGCUGUACCCUGUAUCUAACCCCCUGUCUCUGGGAGUGGGGGGGGACAGUGUAGAGGGAGCUUUACUCUGUAUCUAACCCCCUGUCCCUGGGAGUGGGGGAUGGUGUAGAGGGAGCUUUACUCUGUAUCUAACCCCCUGUCUCUGGGAGUGGGGGACAGUGUAGAGGGAGCUUUACUCUGUAUCUAACCCCCUGUCCCUGGGAGUGGGGGACAGUGUU